UCGGCGCGCAGGCGCAGUGGGGUGCCGGCGACUCCGGCACCAGGGUGUCUAGCAGGAGGCUUGGGAGGUACGUUUGUAUUCCUCCGGUGCUGACGGGCCGCCGCGGCGGACCCGGGACUCUGGCGGCAGCACGGAGGCUCAGGCUGUGUCCGAGGGCUCGGGGCCCGGCGCCGCUUGUCCCGGGACGGCCCCUCCGGUGACAGUGCUAGUGAUGCGGCAGGACGAGGCCGCAGCGGACGGCGCGCUAAAGCCGGGUCCGGCGGGGAGCGAGGCGGCGGCGGCGGACCCCGAGGACGAGGCGGGGGAUGACGACGCCGACCUGCUGGACACAUCGGACCCCGCGGGCGGCGGCGAGAGUGCGGCCAGCCCCGAGGAGCUGGAGGACGAGGGUGCCGAGGGCGGCGGCGCGGCGCGCAGGCGGGGCGCCAAGACCUGCACCUACGAGGGCUGCCGCGAGACCACCAGCCAGGUGGCCAAGCAGCGCAAGCCCUGGAUGUGCAAGAAGCACCGCAACAAGAUGUACAAGGACAAGUACAAGAAGAAGAAGAGCGACCAGGCCCAGGGCUCCGGAGGCGCCUCGGCGGCCAGUUCAGGCAACGUCAAGCUGGAGGUAGGCGCCUCGGGCCCCGGGCCAGGGCAGGAAAGUACAGACAACAUACUCUCCAUUGUCAAACAAAGGACAGGAUCUUUUGGGGAUCGCCCUGCAAGGCCUACUCUUUUAGAACAAGUGUUAAAUCAGAAAAGACUGUCAUUACUAAGAAGUCCAGAAGUUGUCCAGUUUUUACAGAAACAGCAGCAGCUAUUAAAUCAACAAGUUUUGGAGCAAAGACAGCAGCAGUUUCCAGGAGCACCAGUGUGAGUGAGGGGCUCAGGAACUCUGUGUGUGAUUUAUCUUACUGUAAUGGAUGAAUGGACUUUUAUACUAAAGGUGAUACCCUGAUAGUCAGGCAUUGGUGGAAUCCCUGCACUUGGGAGACGGAGCCAACAUCCUGAGUUUAAGUCAGCCUGGGCUGCACAGCAAGCUCCUUUCUCAAAAAAAAAAAAAAAAAUAGAA